GCACAGUUGCGGAUGGUGACCACGCUGAGAGGGGUUGUGAGGUGUUCAAGAUGGCGGCGCCCUGUGGAGUGCAGUUGCUCUAACAGAGGCGUUUCCAGAUGAGUGAAUGUCUUUUGCAGUGGUGCCUGGAGACGGGAUCGACGGCCGCCCAGGGACACCUCCAGGCUGGAUGCCGUGAGAGUGACGUCUGAGAGCCGCACCCUAGUCCGUUUUAGAGACACCCGCCACCAGUCUCUCCCCUGCUGUCCAGACCAUCAUGUCCAGGGAGCAGCUGAACGUGGGGGAUCUCCUCCCACUACUGGAGACCUCUGACCUCCGCCAGCUGGAUGAGAUCAAAGGCCUUAUCAAUGAACACCUCAACACAGAUCGAGGGUCCGUGCUACUGAAUGGUUUGGUGGAUUAUUUCCUGGAGACUAACUCCGCACAGGCAGUGCACAUCCUGUCCUCAGUGAGAGAGCCACACGAUAAGCACCUUUUUGAUAAAAUGAAUGAAUGCAUGGGUAAAGCCCAGUGUCGCUUGCCCACGCUCACUUUACUGGGGCACGUCAUCCGUAAGCAGCCAUCUUGGAUCCACAAGAUCGCUCGCUAUCCGCUGCUGCUAUCUCUCCUCAAAUGCCUCAAGACAGACACAGAUGUUGUGGUUUUGAUUACUGGGGUCUUGGUGCUUAUCACUCUUUUACCCAUGAUUCCCCAAGCUGGCAAGCAGCACCUUUAUGAGUUCUUCGAUGUGUUUGGCCGUCUGGCCUCCUGGAACCUGAGAAGCCCGGGACACAUGCCAGAGGUUUAUCUCAUCCACUUGCACGCCAGCGUGUACGCACUCUUCCAUCGGCUUUAUGGGAUGUACCCCUGCAAUUUUGUGUCCUACCUUCGCUCUCAUUACAGCAUGAAGGAGAACAUGGACACCUUUGAAGAGGUGGUCAAGCCAAUGCUGGAGCAUGUAAGAAUACACCCAGAGCUAGUAACCGGAACCAAGGACCAUGAGUUGGAUCCCAGCAGGUGGAAGAAGUUUGAGACCCAUGACAUUGUCAUUGAGUGCGCCAAAGUCUCUCUGGACCCAAAAGAGGCAUCCUGUGAAGAGGGCUAUGCCACCAUGCCAGAGCAUUUCUGUGGCCAUUUACAGCAACGUCCGGGUGAAAGCACUGCCAGUCCAUACGCUGACUUUCACAGUAGCUAUGGAAGUUCUUCCUCGACUCAUUUCUCCACCCCUCGUCAGCCUGCCGUCCCUCCUCUGCCCCUGUCCACUUUCUCAGGGACUCAGCCCCCCUAUCGCAGUCCCACUGGGACCCGUCGGCAGAACUCCAGCUGUGAAUUUAAUGCUGCAUAUGGCGGUAAAGAUUCCCUCUGGAGCCCCUCCUCACAGUGUGGCAUGGCCACGCCUCCUUCCUCUCGUGGGAUGUCGCCGAACCCGGAACUGUCCCAGAGUGCCUCUCACCUACCCAGCCGCCUCUACAGUACACCUGCAGGUGGAAAAGGCACUCCAUCCUCCAGCACACCCGCGACCGCCUCGCCUCCUCCCAGCCUCUCAGAUGAGUUUCCCCCCAUGUUGUCGCAUCGCAGCACUGCCAGCCCGCCAUGCAAGGAUACUAGACCUUUAGACCACAACAAACCUGCCCUAGUCAGGCAGGAACCAAUCAGAGAGUCUGAAGUGAUCAAUCACAAAGAGGGCAGAAGUGAGAAAAUGCCCAUGACGCUGACCGAGCUCUCGGUCUACAUGAAGGAACAGGAGCAGAUGAGGAUUGAAAAGGAGAGGGAGGAUGCUGCCAUCACAGAGGAGCUUCAGAAACUCACUGAGGAAAAGCGUGAUGUAGCUGCUCUCCGUGGCUUUGACUCUCCCUUCUUCAGCACCACAGAGACCCUGACCGGAGCCCAGGAAAAACCCGCACACUAUUCAGUCCUGGGCGGCUCGAUCAGAGACCCUCAUAAUGCCAUCUCCACACCCGAUAAAUCCGAGACCAGAGACAAAGGCAGGGUCAGCAGAGGCACAUCCCAGGAGCAUCCUUGGUCCUUCCAAUCAGUGUUCACGCCUAUCGAGCACCCAAGUCCCUCUGCGUUAGAGGACGAAUCCCUAAAAUUUGGCUUGUGCUCCCCGAGUCCGUGCAAACCUCCGCAGGUGCCGUAUGAGGCCCUGUUUGACAUGGCCCUGCCCCGGACGGCAUUUUUGUUUGUGGAGAGAAAGACCUCAGAGAUUGUGCAACAAGUAGCUUUAGAGAGGUGCCAGAGAGGUGAUGUGUUAAAGCAUGGGGAGGAGGACAGUAUGGAGGGGGUCAUGUCUCCUUCUCCUUUGGAGGUGCUGGACCGCCUUGUGCAGCAGGGUGCUGACUCCCAUGAUAAAGUGCUGAAGAGAUUACCCCUGCCAAGCAAGUCAGCUGAUUGGACACACUUUGGAGGUUCUGUUCCUCUGGAUGAGUUGCAUACACUGCGUAGUCAGCUGCUGCUCUUACACAACCAGCUGCUGUACGAGCGAUAUAAACGAGAGCAGCACGCCGUACGUAACCGCCGUUUGCUCCGCCGCAUCAUCAACGCCACCACCCUCGAGGAGCAGAACAAUGCAAUGAAGGACCAGCUGAACCUGCAAAGUGUUGACAUCAUGUCCCUGAGAGAGAGCUUGCAGGUGGAGCAGCAGAGAUACAGGCAGCUGUGGGAUGACAGAGAAACGGUAGUGACGCGUCUGCACGGCCAGAUACGCCAACUACAGCAGGCCAGAGAUGAUUACUACACCAAAAACCAAGAGUUACAGAGUAAGCUACAAGAAAGCCAGAAGCGAAUAGGUGAGAUGGAGGCAGAGCUUCAGAGGGCAAACAAUGAGGUGUGCCAAACCGGGCACCAGCUGAACCAGCUCACUGCCAAGUUGUCAUCGAGUGAAAGUGUUCAGCAGCAGCUCAGCUUUCUGAACAAGCAGCUGUUGCUGUUGGGUGAAGCUCAUAAACUGUGUGUCCAGGAGCUGCAGCAGGCUGGACCAGACACCAGCAAGGAGGUGCAGAUGCUCCAGACAUCGUGGGGAAAGGACACGGAGCGUCUGAAGCAGAAUCUGUUAUUCCAGAACCAAAAGUUGGACGCUGCUCAGCAGAGAGUUGCCGAGCUGGAGACGCUGCUCUCGAAGAAAGAGCAUCUGGUUGCAGAGCAAAAGAAGUUUCUAGAGGAUGUAAAGGUUCAGGCCAGAGGUGAGCUGCAGGCAUCUGAGAGCAGGUACCAGACCCAGAGACGGAUAGCACUGGCCCUACAGGCUGAACUUUUGCAGCUGUACAGCAGGCUGGAGAUGGAGAAAUCUUCUAGCACUGAUUCAGUCUCAACAGCAGAGGGCGCUGCUGCUCCUCGCAGUUCUACAGAGCCCAGUGUCAUAGUGGUGGACCGGCCAGUGAAAACAGCCACCAAGGAGGAGGGCAAAUCUCCACACGGCAACGGCAGCACUUUAUCGCCAGGGCAGCCUAAAUCCAGUCCGUCCGCAGCCAACUCUGUAAAUGGUAGUCGAGACACUCCCCCACCUGUCCUUGUGGAACCACCCCCUCACCGUCCUCAUUCACCACUGGGGCCUCCAGGACCCCUGGUCCAUCCCGGGGCACCGCUCACUGUAGGCUCAUACCCCAGUGCCAAAAGCUUUCUGGGCAUGCGGGCAAGGGAGCUGUUUCGCAACAAAAGCGAGAGCCAAUGCGAUGAGGACGAAGCUCCUCCUCCACGUCUCACUGGCCUAUCGCAGGGCCUGAAGACUGAGCUUUGCGUGGAACCGACAGGGAAGACCACGUCAAGCGCUCACGGGUCCACCUCUGCACAGAGCUUCACUCUCAUCACAUCUGCUAAAGAACCCAACCCUGGUUCUAAGCGAGACACAUUCGACUCAAGGUGCCCGGAGCGGCCCAGGCAGCAACCGCUAAGGAUCAUGGACUACAAUGAAGGUCACCAGGGGAGCAGCUAAAUGGUUGGAUAGGCUGGAUGGUGCAAAUUUAGAUAUUAGAGUGUAAGGCAAGACUCAAUUUCAAUUUUCAGUGUUAUUUGUCCUAUUUCCUCAAGCCGACAACAGGAUUUGGAGCCGGUAAAUCUUUCCUAAAACUGGAAGCGGGAUGAAUGUGGUUUCAGAGAUGGUCACACAAAUUUAAAUUUAGCCCAUAACUGUUACAACUACAUCUAUUAUUUUUGCUAAUUUAUCAGCGUUCUCACCAUUGCAAGUGAAGCUGUAAGUUUAUGAUAAUAGAAGCAAUAUAAUAUGAGUUGUAGUGAUUGUACCCUCCUUACACCCUUAUAGGUCAACUGCACAGAGCGCAAGUAUGUGAACCCGGUCGUUUUGCGCCGAGCAGGAGUCAGUGUUUCUUUUUUAUACCGUCAGGUUUUAACCUAGACUUUCAAGCGCUAAUACAGUAUCAUGUUUAUCAUUUUUUUGGAUGUAAUGUGUGUGUGUGUGUGUGUGUGUAUGUGGUAGCCUACCAAUGGCAUAUAAGUAAGGCCUGUAUCCCAGAUUUAAGGCUAAGACUAGUCCUGGGUUAAAUUGCACUGUAUGUUGUUUAAUUGAAAAUCCCUUUGGGUCUAAUCUGGGUGUAACAAAAGGCUUUAUGCCUAGCUGCACUACUUCCUGAACUUCAGCCAGCUCCUUGUUUCCUGUCUGCCAUUAUUGGAUAAACUGAUUAAUCCAGGUGUGUCUGAUUGUUGUUGUUGUGAUUACUGAGGUCAGGCACACCUGGAUUAACCAGUUUGUCCAAUAAUGGCAGACAGGAAACAAGGAGCUGGCUGAAGUUCAGGAAGUAGUGCAGCUGGGCAUAAAGCCUAUUGGAUUAUAAAUGUUACAGCCAAAACAAAAAGAAGGUCCGGGAUGUUUAGAGAAGUUUCUUAUAUGAAUAGAAUUUUUAUAAUUAUUUAUUUUUGUCCUCUCUUCCCAUUUGUGAUUUGCAGCUUUGGAAAGAGAAUCGCAGUUAAUCACCACUGCUUUUAAAAGUCCAGUUGAAUUAUUUAGACAUCGCCAUCGAAGUGUUUCCCUCUCUCCAUAAUCUCUAUAUGAAAUCUAGAUAGUGGCCAUUAUCAAGCUUUACCCCAAUAGUCAGAUUUAGGUUUUAAGGCCAGUUAUCAUAAUUAACAUUUCAGUAGUUAAUAAUUCAGUACAAUAAAACUAAAAACGAACUGGUUGAACAAUAUAUAAUACAUAUCUUUGUUGUGCUAAUUGUACCACAUUUUGGCAGAAUGAUGACUUGCCAGCUUUGGUGACCUUUGUAUUUUACCCUCUCACUUUAGUGUACUACAUUCAUUUGAAUGUUAUUACUAAUUUUGCCUUUUGUGUGCCAAAUACCUAAGACGUUGUUAUGUAUGUACCGUAAAAUGUAAAGUUCUUUAUCAAUUAGCUUAUUUUUUGGAAAGUGAGGACAUUAUUUGUUAAAGUUUUGCUCCACUGGAAGCGAGUAGACUGUAGCAAUGGCAACUUUUCAACGUAAUUUCCACAAGACGGCAAAGUCUGCGGUAAUAAUUAAUGAAGAAGAAAUUGUUACCAAAUCCUGUUGUCCCCUUGAAAUCUAUGCUGUUCCUUCUGCCUUGCUAUCUAGAGCAUGUGUAACAAUCCUCUUUUAAUGCCAACAACAAGAACUAUGACUUAACAAGACACAAGGUACAAUCAGUAUGAAAUGAAAGGAACGUAUGAAUUGAAGCUCCUUUGAUGGAGAUGAAAGUUCUGGGGUUUGUUGUGGAGGGAAGGCGGGGUCGCUUUGGAUAAGGGUCUUAAAGCAGUUGCUUGUGUUAACUGUGAAUGACAAAAAUAAAAUCAUCUUCAAUGUUUUGCACUACA